GGAAGGACGGACAGACAUUUCACACAAAACUAAUAGCGUCUUUUCCCCUUUCGGGGGUCGCUAAAAAUGAAGCGGAGAAGAAAUGCGAAUUAGUAAAAAACCACUCUCGACCUAGAUCUACAUCCUGUGGCAACUUAUCAACUUCGGACAGGAUAAAUCUAGUUUCUAAAUCUAGAUUGAAUUAUUAAUGAUAUGAGUACAAAAGUUUGAAAACAAAUUUUUCUAAGCUGUGAGUGUGAGCUAUUGCAAUAUAGAAUAUUAUUAAUAAUAAGAGAUUUUCUAGCAGUAGUAGAACAAAUGACUAAAAUGGACAAAGAGCCUUCUCAUGACCAGUCUUCCAUAAGUGACCAGCAGGCCAAGCAGCAUGUUCGGAAUAUCAGUACAGCUCCUGCCCACAUGAUCUCAGAUCUGGGGGCCUUGAUUGAGGAAGAAGAACCACCAGUGCAACCACAGGAAACUAAUGACAGAUUUGUUAAUAAGAAUAGUCCACAUGAUACAAGGUUGAUGAAUAAAACUUCUGUGGACAAUGUAAAUGAAAAAAGACUUGCAAAUCGAGAAAAAUCAGCCCAUGGAUCAAGAAAAAGCUCCCCAAACUAUCAUGCUGCGUCUGCUUUAAGUAGAGGGCAUUCUGGGAAUAAGACUAUAAGCAGAAGCGCCGACAGAAAGAAAUCGCAAGCCUCCAGAGAUGAAAGUGCCGGCUUCAAGCAGAAUGCAGCCCACGGUGUUGAAAGCGACAGUGAUGACGACAUGGCGGUACGACGGAUUCAGGAUAACCGCUCCGACCUUGACAUAAUUGGGGUAGAUAUCUCCAACGAAAAUGACCAUGAUACAGACCUGGAGCCUGAAGAGGCCACCCCAGCUUAUGAUCACUCAGGUAAAACAUUGUACCUUGACGCCUGCAAAAAAUUUGGAGUAGUGCCCAUCUCGUAUUUUUUGCGACACAUGAAUGACAAUUCAUUGUCAAUGAAGCAUCAUGGUCUGGCAGGGGAGGGAAUGAGACCUAUCGCCAUCUCACUUGUGUCCAAUGCGACCAUCACCACACUAGAUCUGACUGACAACUGGCUAGGGGUAGAUGGAGGACUGGCAUUAUGUGAGAUGCUGAAAGAAAACUGCUUCAUCACUGAUUUGAAUUUAUCAGACAACAACCUUAACAAAUGUGCAGCCCAGUUGUGUGAAAUUAUUCAGAAGAAUGACACGCUACGAAAAGUUAAUCUCUCAGGAAAUGGAUUUGAUGAUGUCAGUGCCAUUCACCUGACCAACUUGAUAUUGACAACAACCAAGCUGGAGAGUCUCAAUCUAAGCCACAAUCGUUUGGGUGAGAAAGCUGGUCUGAUGUUGGGUCCUGCCAUAUCUGAGAACCUGUGUCUCAAAGAGCUGGAUCUAUCCUGGAAUCACCUGAGAAGGAAAGGUGCAAUAGCAGUGGCUGCAGGGGUCAAGUCCAAUGUAUUUAUGAAGAAAGUGAAUCUCUCUUGGAAUGGAUUUGGUCAAGAAGCAUCCUCUGCUCUAAUGGACGCUCUUAAGGCCAACAAUGUACUAGAGGAAAUAGAUCUCACAAACAAUAGACUAACUACAGAAGGCGCUGUACUGAUUGGUAAAGGUCUAACAAUUAAUGAAACCCUCAAAGUUCUAAAGGUUGGCAAGAAUCCUAUGCAGAGUGCUGGCUGCUGGGCUAUUGCAGCUGCCAUCUUGAAAAAUCCAAAUUGUGUUCUGGAAACUGUUGACUUCACCGAUAUAAUUGUAAACAAAGAUUUCAUUGCCUUGUGGAAGCAAGUUGAGGAGCAAUUUCCAAAACUAAAAACUGUUCAUGGAGGAACUGAAAUACCAUUGAAACCAAAGCAAAGAGUCCAUCCACUGGCCAAAGUUACAGCAUUUAUCAAUGCCAGAAAUAUCAGGCUGAUAGACUUCUUCAACAAGUUUGAUAAAGAUGGAAGCAUGAAUGUGUCCAGAGAGGAGUUUAAGCAAGGAAUAUUGCAACUCAUACAGGAAACUGGCAUAAAUCUAUCUCCUGAGGAUAUUGAAUUGUUGAUUAAUGAACUAGAUGUCAAUGAGGAUGGUGCUAUCAAUUACAGUGAGCUAGCUGUUGGACAAAUGGACUAUGAAGGUAAAAGGAAAAGAGUCAUCCCCUAUACAACAUUGAGGCCAAUGACAUCAUAAAAGUUAUUUUUACUGGUAAUUUUUAUCUCAUGAAAAGAAAAAGUCACAUUUGUCAGAUGAAGCAAAACCAAAUUUUUAGAUUGUUAAUGAACUCAUUUAUCUACCAAAAUACAUUAAACACCUGUACAGAUUCUACAUUAACAAGGCAAGAUAAAAUGCUUCGUUUUCACCCCACUCUUCCUAUUGUCUGUUUCUUUUUCUGUACAUUUUUUUGUUCUAGUCAAACAGAAUAUUUUCAUUUGAAAGAUUUAAAAAUUGUAAUGUUCACCUCUUGUGGAUUAAGUUAUUCUUUUAAACUUAAGGAAAAAGGAUGUUUUUUGUGUUUUCUUUUUAAAUUAAAUCUUGAUUCAUUUUGAACUUAGGGAAACAGACUUGAUGGCCAAAAUUUAUCUGAAAAAUUCUGAAAAUUUUUUUUUAUUCACAACAGAUUUUUAUUGUUAUUUUAGAUUCAUAAUAUAAAAAUUGUAAAUGUAAUAGAUUUUUAUUUAUUUUAGUCCAAUAUAGAAGUUUCGUGGAUAGGAACUUGAGAGGGCUGAAAGGGCACAAGACCUGAAAAGUACUUAUGCAUCAAAUAACUAAUAAAAAUGAUUCCAAUUUCUUAUCCUUAGAAGGGCAUUGCUUUCCUGAAUACUUCUGCUUUUUUUUUUCUUCUCUAACAUUGCUUUGACUGAAUUUAGGAGUCUGGGUACUAAGUUUCUUUGUCAUAUUAUUCUAUGUUGUUUUUUUCUCAUUACUUUUGUAUAGUGCAUCUUUCAUGCUAUAGCAUACUCUGUGAUAUGGUACAAUAUCUUUUGUGGACCUGUGGGGACAUCUAGGGAGAAGAGGUUUCCAUGCUGCCAUUAAGUUCUCAGCAAACACAACUCAGCUUGUGUCGAGAUUUGAAAUCAAGACACUUUGAUGGUAGCCAAAUGGUUAAUGCCACUCAGCCACUCACAUUCCACGCUCUGAAAAAUAAAUCUCUGUUAGAUUACUCUGAAGACCUGUCCCUAUGGAAAGUUGUGCAGUAGAUUGCUCUGCUCUAUGAGAAAUAAAAUGAGGUGCCAGAUGUCUUUGCAUUUUGAUUAGUCAAAAAUAUGUGAGAAAGGGUCACUAGGAAUAAAUAGGCUAGAGCUCUUCUCAAAAUAAAGAAGAAAUACUUAGGUCAAUAGACCAAUGUGUCAGACCCAUUCUGACCAGAGUUUUUGAAUUGUGAUGCAAGAAAUGAUUUUGCUAUUAGAUAAACUAUUAGAUAAACCUGCUCAAUUUAAAUGUAGAAAAAGACAAAUGUUUACAUGCAGAGUUACAAUACUUGUUAUUACAAAAAUGUUAUAGUUCUUUUUUUUGUUGUUAAGUUAAAAUACUUGGUGCAGGAAAAAUGUAUGCCCCAGUAAAUUUCUGUUCUGUAAUUGUAACUAUUUUAAUGCCAGUAUUUUAACAAGUGCCUUUUUGUGAAUAUUUUUAAUGUAAAAAGAAAUAUGCUUCAUUAUAUUACAUGUAGCUUUUUGUAACAAUUCUGACCAUUCUUUUAAGUAGUUUAGGUUGAAAUAUAAUAUUUUUCUUUUUUUUUUAGUAAGUAAAACUGUGAAUGAAUGAAUUAAAUUUUUUUAGAAGGAAAUAUCUUCUGUUACAAUGUAUGAAAAUUUAGGAUUGUAUGAUUAGUAAUUAUUCGUAUUACAUAAUUUUCAUUUUACUGUACUAUUAUAUACUAUAUAGCUUUAAAUUAUUCAAUCCUAUUCCAAAUGAAUUUGGGACACAUAAAAGUAAAAAGACAAAUGUACAGAGUUACAGCCUACUAAUAUUACAUAAAGUAUUUGAGAAUUAUACAUAGGCUACAUAGAGUUUUAUGUUAAGGAUAAUUAUAUGGACAAGUAAUUCUACAAAUAUGUCUUUUUCCUUCUUGUUUAAAAAAAAAAAAUCCCCAUUACUCCAAAACCAAAAAAAAAAACUUCAAUUGUACACUACUGCUAACCAACUUCAUCUCCAUGUGUCAGUUCAGUUUACCAGAAGAAAUCUGCUGUGAUAAAAGCCCAUGUCCUUCAUAUCUCCCAUCAGUUUUCUUUGUUUCUGCCUUGCUUUGUCGUAAUAGAUUUGUGCAAGACCUUACAGCAUGCAAGGUGAAGGUUGGCUAAGUGUUUGAUAGCUCAAGUGUGAGUUGAAAUUUUGUUAGAAAUAUUGGAAUUUCUUUAAAGACACACAAAAAAACCUGGUCCAGCUCCAAAUCUCCAGGCAUAAGCUGGUGUAGUAAAUAAAACUUGUCAUAUAAUCUACUACACUUAUCAUGUAGGUAAGGUGUUGAUCAAAGAAACUGGUUGCUCUGUGUACCAUUAUGUUUCAAGGGUACUUUUUGAUAUCAUUCUAGCUUUUUGCUUUGAUAAUGCUAAGUCAGUCAUUAAAUAGUCCUAUUUCAUUUCAGACUUUCUCAUAGAAAUAAUUUACUUAAUAUUCAUUAAAUUCUUUACAUUACAAGGCCUAGGUUGGUUUUAAGAGAUGUGCAAUUAAUGUCGAUGUUUUUACAAACCUUACAUGCAAAAGCCACAUCUGUCUGAGAUUUGAUCAUAGUAAAACUCAACACCCCAGUGACAUUUUCUGUUUAAUCAUUUGCAUUUCUUGUUUAUUUCAUAUAUACUCAAUUGAAAAUCUUGUUUUACCACAUAUACAUUGUAUAUGUACUUCUGGAUUUGUCUAUUUGUUGAUACCAAAGUGAUGUUAUUGAAUUCUGAACAAGCAAUAUUAUAACAAAAGCCUGAAUGCUGUAACAUUUGAAUGUUUUGUUGAAAUGUUUUCACAUUUAAAAAUUUUCUCUACUAGUUUUAGUAGCGUCAUAGUUGAUUUGAAUAAACCUCAAGCAAUAAAUAUUUGUACAAAUUA